CGGUAUUCCACGCGCCACGGACGCCCGAAUAACGGAACGCGACCACCCUUGAGAGAGCAAUUCAAGACGCGGAUUUUGCACAAUGGAAAAAUGAGGAGCGGCGCAAUCAGCAACAGCGAAAUGAAUAAAUUACGCGAAAAUAAAAUCAAUUUGCAUUAAGAGCUGGAGACGAGCGACUAGCCAGCGUCAGACGUCAGACUUCUCGGACCCCUCAAGACCCCUCGAGAGCCCCUCGAGAGCCCCUAUACCAUCUCUCAUCCAGCAACUGUCAGCCAUUUGAAGGACGAACAAGGCGCUGGCCCAUGAGCUGGCUGGCGGGCAAAUUAUAUUACCUUGUCAGGCGAGUGACAUAAGGCGGACCUCUUGGCCCCAAGACCCCGGACCCGCACCCGAACCCAAGUCCAAACCCAAGCCCACACCCACACCCUCACCCAAACCCAUGUGUGGAUCCCAGUGAGGAGGCAGGUGAAGAAAGGAGGAGGAGGAGGCACUGGGGUCACGUCUUGGGUUACUAAGUCCACCGGAAUGCUACGCAGCUGCGUGUGCCUGCGCACCGACGAUGACGGGAAGCGGCGCAGCUCCUCCGUGGAAGACGCCUCCUCGUGCCGCUCGUCGGAAAUAGAGCGCGUGGGCGCCAGCAUGCAGACGCUGGGCCCCAACGGCCAGCCGCAGUCAUCCGCCGCGCAGACGAGCACCAGGGCCUCCAGUCUGCUGCAGCUCUUCCAGCGGCGAGGUUGGUGCAAGCACUUCCGCAAACCGCUCCGGGGCAUGAGCGCCUCGCGGGCCGAAAAGACCAUCCGAGCAGCAAUAUUCAUCCAGAAAUGGUAUCGCAGGCAUCAGGCCCGUCGCGAAAUGCAGAGGCGUUGCAACUGGCAGAUCUUCCAGAACCUGGAGUACGCCAGCGAACAGGACCAGGCUGAGCUAUACAAAUUCUUCAAUGACCUCAUUAAGCACAUGCCCCAGGCUGCGGGCAGGAAGAACCAGUACCAAGGAUCGGCUCACGUUUCCGUUUUGGAAGAAAAGGACGACCUCGUUGAAGAGUUUGGGGAAAUUGUGAAUGCCAAAAUUGAGUUGCCAAUACGAAAAAACCAUAUCGAUCUAUUGAUUGACGUCUUCCGCAAGAAAAGGGGUAACCGAUUGCAUCCAAAAUAUGUGGCGCUAAUUCUACGUGAGGCAGCCAAAUCCUUAAAGCAGCUUCCCAAUAUUUCCCCGGUGUCCACGGCUGUUUCCCAACAGGUUACGGUCUGUGGUGAUCUUCACGGAAAACUGGACGAUCUUCUUGUGGUGCUACAUAAGAACGGUCUUCCCUCAUCUUCCAAUCCUUACGUGUUCAAUGGCGACUUUGUGGACAGGGGCAAGCGGGGCUUGGAGGUCCUGCUGCUGCUGCUCUCCCUCUACUUGGCUUUUCCCCAGGCAGUUUUCCUCAAUCGGGGCAACCACGAAGACAGCGUCAUGAAUGCCCGCUAUGGAUUCAUUCGGGAGGUUGAAAGCAAGUACCCUCGAAAUCAUAAGCGCAUUUUGGCCUUCAUCGACGAGGUCUACCGAUGGCUUCCCCUUGGCUCCGUUCUCAAUAGUCGAGUGCUAAUCGUCCAUGGAGGUUUCUCGGAUAGCACAAGUCUGGAUCUUAUCAAAAGUAUUGACAGGGGCAAGUAUGUGUCUAUUCUGCGGCCUCCACUUACGGAUGGCGAACCACUAGAUAAAACCGAGUGGCAGCAGAUCUUCGACAUUAUGUGGAGCGAUCCGCAGGCCACGAUGGGUUGUGUUCCAAACACUUUGCGAGGAGCUGGUGUUUGGUUUGGACCAGACGUAACUGACAACUUCCUCCAGAAACAUCGACUCAGUUACGUCAUUCGGUCCCACGAAUGCAAGCCCAAUGGUCAUGAGUUUAUGCAUGACAAUAAGAUAAUCACAAUUUUCUCGGCGUCGAACUAUUAUGCCAUUGGAUCCAACAAGGGCGCCUACAUCCGCCUGAACAACCAGCUGAUGCCCCAUUUCGUGCAGUACAUAUCGGCGGCGUCUCAAACGAAGCGACUGUCCUUCAAACAACGCAUGGGCAUUGUGGAGAGUUCGGCACUCAAGGAACUGGCGGUGCGAAUGCGGGAUCACCGUGACGAACUGGAGGACGAGUUCAGGAGGUGCGAUCCCAAGGACAGUGGCUAUAUAUCCAUUUCGAAUUGGUGCCUGGUUAUGGAGAAGGUCACAAAGUUAGGACUGCCCUGGCGACUGCUUCGCGACAAACUAGCCCCGGGAACAGAUAGCCAGAAAGUUAAUUACAACAGGACACUGGAUCUGUUAGACACGGAUGUAAUUCUCGAAGCUGAGGCCGAUGGCAUGUCGGUAAUGGACGCUUUAUAUGCCAACAAAGCCAGCUUAGUGGCCAUUUUUAAUAUAAUUGAUGCCGAUAAUUCUGGUGAAAUAACCUUAGAUGAGUUCGAAACUGCUAUUGAUUUGCUGGUGGCACAUAUGCCAGGUGCCUAUUCGAAGGCAGAGAUGCUGGAGAAGUGCCGAAUGAUGGACCUGAAUGGAGAUGGCAAAGUGGAUCUGAACGAAUUCCUGGAGGCAUUCCGGUUGAGUGAUCUGCACCGGAAAGAGCAGCAGGACGAGAACAUAAGGAGGCGCUCAACUGGACGAUCGGCCAUAGCCAAAACCGCUUCAGAUCCCGUGGCCUUGUUGGCUGAUAAGAUCUCAAAGAAUACGCUGGUUGUGGAGCACGACAUCGAUCCCACGGAUUGCGAGGCCAAGGUUAUUGAUCCUAAGAAGUCAUAAGCCAGAUCCAAAAGUCAAUGAUCCGCAAGGCACUAACACAAUUGUAGUUUCGAAAAAGUUUUGGUUCACAUAAAGCAUUUAUAUCACCUUUUUUUUUGUUUAACUCUUCAAUUAAAUAUAUAGAAUGUAUUGCAUCUGUUAACAGUUUAGUGAAGUAAUUUACUCGGAAAAGAUCAAGUUGAAAUUACCAAAUAUUUUAACAUAUUAAGAGGCAAAAAAGAUUUAUAUUGAGAUCUCUGCGAAAGCAAAAGUACUGACUGGCAAAGUCACUACAUUUUUUGCAAGUCUAACGGCCAUUCCCUUACGCUUUUGAUUUAAAAGAUAUAUGAUUAAAAUAACCUGUUAUGCACUCCUCUGUAAGCUAUAUUCAAGUUGUAUUAAUAAAGUAAUUAAAAACGUUAUAAAAUACUAGAAACAUAUAUAGUAAAAAUAAAGAUUGUUAUCUCGAAGUAAUACAACCAGAUGUCAGGCGCUUUAUAUUAAAACAAACAACAAACAUAUUAAUUGUUUAUUUAACUAACAAAGUUUCAGCCCAAGGGAUCAACAUUAAAAUUUAUAUAUUACUACGGCUAGCUCUAAAUUUUUUUAAAAAAUUACAUGUAAAGUAAAAGACAUUCUUGAACCACUUAUAUCUAAAAUCUCAUCUCUGUUCUUAUAAUGUAUUCUAUGGCUUUAAAUUGAUAUUAAUCAAAAUUAAACGAGUAUAAAUCUCGGAUUAAAAUCUAAAUGAAUAGAAUGCUUUCGAACCACUCUGCGUUUUAUAAACUCUACUUAGUAAGUAAGCAUUGAAAAGAAAUGCUAUAAAUUAUAUAAAAUACAUACCUCACAUGGACCAUGCUUUGGCACAAGUAUUUAAUUGCAAUUCUGAAAGUGCUUGAAAAAUUAACUUCAUAAUUUGCAGUUGUUAAAAUAAUGAAGUUUAAUGCCUGUUAUUUUUACCUAUUGUACCUAUAGUACAAUAAAAGUAAUUAUAUUAAACAAAUUUAACCUCAAAGAACGCAAUAACAAACUUUUAUAUUACCAACACUUUGUAUCCGUUAAUAAAAAAAGUUACCUUAGAUUAAGUCGUUUGUGGGAGAUUGGUAGUUGCUCCUUAUCUACUUAAGUAAUAAUGUAUUCACAUAAUUGUAAUCGAGUACCUUUGACAAACUUAAACAAAAACGCUUCUCAACAGGCACUACAGGACCAAAAAAUUUAGCCAAUCGCUGGCAUUCUAAUAAUGAAAUACUAUGCUAGUUAUCAAUUAACAUUUUACCUAUGUAUAUCUACUAUAAGCAUGCACCUGCCCCCUAUUUGUAUUUUGAUCCACAUUUCAUCGAUAGACAAACUAUUUUCCUGAAACUUUAUUAAUAAAAACGUUGAAAUAAUAUACAAUCUA